UUUCGUUCAUCAUUGACUCCAUCUUCACAAUGUGAUGGGAUUUCGACCGCCGACAUUCUACACUAUACUCGUCGGGCGACUUGCCGUAAUGCCUGCAACACGCAGGGCCAAUCUUGCCACUGCUGCGGCCGCACUCAGCGACAGCAUCACCACUGGCAGGAAACGCAAACGAGCGUACGUGGAAUCCUCGGACAGCAAGACACUAUGCCAACGAAUUCCACGGGGUGGGGAUCGUACAAUCGACAAGACUGAAGAUCCUUCAUCCACUACCAGCUCUCCCCGGGCUUCUCGAAAUCAGCGUAGCAAGAAAGUCGACGUGAACAUCGGAGAGGAGAAGGACAUACUGACGUCCGUAUCUAAUGGAGUGGUAACGGUGCAGAAAGAGACAAAAGUCGAAGUCAACGAGACCGAAACCGUCGGUACACCCAGAAACAAGCGGCUGUCCGGCAGAACAGCCAGAUCCAAAGGAACCAAAGUCACAGAAGAUGAGGCUGAAGCAUCCUCACAGAGAGAGGCGGAGGAGGAAGUCGAGAAACCCACAAAACCCAAGCGAAAGCGCAAAACCAAAGAAGAGAAAGAAGAGGAAGCUCGACCACUAGCAUCACGAGCGACCGGCCUCAAGAUGUUUGUCGGGGCACACACCAGCAUCGCCAAGGGCGUCGAGAACGCAAUCACAAACUGCGUACACAUCGGCGGCAACGCAUUCGCAUGUUUUCUGAAAUCGCAACGGAAAUGGGAGAAUCCGCCCUUGAAGGACGAGAACCGAGACGCCUUCGUUAAGGGUCUGAUCGAGCACCAAUACGACGGCGGGAAGCACAUCGUGCCUCACGGGUCAUACCUCGUCAACCUGGCGACCGAGGACCCGAGCAAAGCACAGCAAUCCUACGAGACCUUCAUCGACGACCUGCACCGUUGCGAGGCGCUCGGGAUCCGAUACUACAAUUUCCACCCGGGCGGUGCGGGCGGCGGUUCUUUUGACGAGGCAAUAAUACGACUCGCCAACAACUUGAACCGCGCGCUUUCCGAGACCACGACCGUUGUUCCGCUGCUAGAAAACAUGGCCGGCCACGGCACCUUGAUCGGCGGCCGGUUCUCGGAUCUCCGCGAUGUCAUCGCUCAGAUCAAACCUGAAUUCCGGUCUCGAAUCGGAGUCUGCAUCGACACAUGCCAUGCCUUUGCGGCCGGGUACGAUCUACGCUCGCCCGAAUCCUUCAGGGCCGUCAUGGACGAGUUUGAUAGUGUGGUGGGUAUCCAGUACCUCAAGGCCAUGCAUCUCAACGAUUCAAAGGCACCCCUAGGCAGUCACCGCGACCUCCAUCAGAACAUUGGGUUGGGCUUUUUGGGCCUACGUGCCUUUCACAAUAUAAUGAACGACCCUCGCUUCCAGGGGUUGCCUUUGAUUCUCGAGACCCCUUGUGAGCGCCCUGACCCGGCUGAUCCAACGGGGAAAAAAUCGAUUGAUGACAAGUCCAUCUGGGCUACAGAAAUCAAAUUGCUCGAGAGCCUCAUUGGCAUGGAUCCCGAGAGCGACCAGUUCAAAUCACUGGACAGCGAGCUGAGUGCUCGGGGAAAAGAUGAGAGAGAUAAAAUGCAGGCACAGUUUGAUGCCAAGCGAGAAAAGGAGAGGAUAAAAUUGGAGAAAAAGAAGCUCGUGCCUGAAAAGGGCCAGACCACGCUUGCUUUUGGCAAAGCUGCCACUGCUGUCAAGGGUGGCGGUGGUCAGAAAAACAAAGAAAAUAACCACAAGACCAAGAAGAAAGACCAUGGAGGCGAAAGUGAAGACGAUGACCACGAUGAUGAUGAUGAAAGCGAAUUGAGUGACCUCAGCAGUGAGCUUAGCGAGGAUGAUGACCAUGUGUAACAAUAGACCAUACUAUCUGUCUGAUAUGAGUAUGAAGACAACGACGGAAUGGCAACCAAGACCAUCUUCCUGGAGGUCCUCAAAAAUGACCAUCAAAAGUGAUUUUAGACCUCAUCGAUUGAUCCAAAUCAACGAUGAAGAAUUCUCACAACGACCGAAAUAACCACCUGCA